AUGGCGAGUCUAGAAGAGAAUGGCAACUUUUCGCGUUUCUUUUUAUUUAAUUCUGCGGUGGCGCCGACUUGUGUUUUUUUGAUAUGUAUUAUCAUAAUGAUUGUAUUUUCCACCACCAAGCCAAUCGCCAAGCCCCGUCCCGUGGUAUGGGGAACAGAAGCUAUCAUGACUCUUCUAAGUAUGAUCGUGACAUUCGUCAUAUGGUAUCUAGUCAGACGAAACACAAGAAAGUUUUUAAUCGAAAAGAAACGGAGAGAUGUCACCUUAAAUAUAAAACUUGUCUUCUUUUGGGCGUUCGGUCUUGCUAAUGUAUUCAACUCUGCUUUCAAUAUGGGAUCAAAUUUUGACUGUUUGCUCAAGGAUGGACAACAACCAUUUCUUUACGCACAUUACAUAACUAUUGUAACACAUUUAACGGAGAUUUUCUUCUGUGUUGGACAACUUGGAUUUUUAAGUUUGUAUGGAAAAUUCAGUUUUAAGCCUUCCGCUCUUAUGAAUUAUGGCAUAUCGCUUAUGAUUAUAGCCCAUCUUCUUCGUUGGUUUAGAUUGCUUUUCGACUCUAUAAUGAGCAAUACCUCGUAUUCGAGAUCAAAUUGGAAUGAAACGUAUCAGAAUGAUUGCUAUUAUUCGUCAAGCGUUACCGUUGUUCUUAAUCACAUGAGUUCUUACAUUAUCCCGAUGGUGACUGAAUACAGUUUGCUCUCUGUUGUUAUAGUUGUCAGAAUGGUGGUUGGUAUCUUUAGUAAUGAAUCGAUUCAAAGAAAUGUAGGGGAAAAUAUUCAAGACAUUUCCGAUGAAACAGCAACAAACGACGAAUUAGUCUCAUCUGAAAUGCUGACAAGACGCCUCUCAGCAACUGCUUCUCUUACAUGUGGAAUAAUAUUUUCGUUGCCAUUUUGUACAGCGUUUACACUAACCUUUUUAGACACAAUGAAUUCAGUUUACGCAUUUCGAAUUAUUAGCACCAUAUACGAAUUGGAAAUAUUAGCUCUUCUGCUUUUUGGGAAAUGGAAAUUUAAAUCUCAGUUUACCGAUAUUUUUAUCAAAGAUAAAACUUUUAGCAAAUACAACAUGACACUCAUAUUCAUUACUUCUGGAGCUGUUGCUUACGAAACUUUUGGUGCAAUAGCUGGACUGAUGAAAGCAGAAAAUAUUUUCUGUUUCCUAUUACUCUUCAGUAAAAUUCUUCAAACAUCAGUCAUUAUCAUACAGACUGAGUUUAUUCUCCACAUGAAGAACAUAUCUUUUCGACCAAAACGCGUUCAGUCAAAAUAUUUCAGAGCCAACCGUAUAUUUUUGUGUAUAUUUGUCAUAAAUAUAAUAAGAUGGCUGAUGGAUAGUAUUGUUAUGGGACAUGAAACGGAUGCAUCAGCAAUUCAGAGGGAGUUUUAUGGAAAUGUUUACUGGGACACUAUUGAACACACCAUAUUUCCUGUUAACGUGUUCUACAGAUUUCUAACAGCAAUGGAAAUGUAUGAACUUUACCGGAACACAAAUAUUAAACAUUCUGUUUGA